AAAAAAAGUCAGUCACCGGUCACGUGAAAAAGAAAAGAAAAGAAAAGAAAAGAAAAGGAAAAAAUGAGAAGGAAAAGACAGAAGAUCGAAGAGACCGAAGAACUGAUGAAGAAGAGAUGUUCACAUUGGAAUUCUUGGGUUUGAAACUCUAGGGUUUUGCGCUGCCUUCACAUUCGUAUUUCGUAAAUCAAUUGCUACAGGAAUAGAGACUGAGUGAGCAUCUUCUUGGAGAACUGCUGUUUGUGAUCACAUCUUGUCAUCUUGUGUCUUUCCAGUUCUUUAGAAAGUUAUUGUAAGGCAUUAAGUUUUUUCCUCUAUAUCCUCGUGCCACUCUGCUAUAAAGACCUAAAAUGAGUGGCAAGACCCGUGAUCAUACAAACCCCAGAAGGAAUUCAUCACAAAAGCCAGAAGUUCCAAAGAAUCAUAAUCAUAAAGAUGCCAUACCUGGGACGGAUCUUUGGACAGAUGGACUUAUCUGUGGAUUUGAGUAUGUGCGAGCUCGCCACAAAGUGAAGAAGCAGAAGUUUUCUUCAAAAUUUCCGUUCUCACGAAAUUUGGGAAAGGAUGAUUUGCAGAAGCAAACAUUUACAGAUGGACAAACUGAUGCCUGUGGUCAAAAUAGGGUAUAUAAUCCAGACUCUCAAUACCUCCCUGAGUUGGAAUCUCAUCAUGCUUCUAUAUUGGAUGACCAUCUGGAUAACCAAGCCUGUAUAAUGGAUCACUUUCAUGAAAGCCGUUGGGUGCCAAUUGGUUGGACUAGAAUUUCUCAACUUGUUCAAGAAGUUCAAGUAGAUUUUGACUGGGAAUCUCAGCAAUUUGAGUUCAUUGAUCAAGAGGAUGAUGUUUCAGUGGCAGAAUUGGCAGCACCAUAUUGGGAACGACCUGCUGGUCCUGUAUGGUGGUGUCAUGUGGAUGCAAGUCACCAGAAUAUCAUUUUAUGGCUUAGCAAUGCUCAGUGGCUGCACCCAGCUGUCAGUAUUGCUCUGAGAGAUGAAACCCGCCUGAUAAGUGAGCGAAUGAAGUACCUUCUUUAUGAGGUCCCAGUUAGAGUUGCUGGAGGGCUAUUGUUUGAGCUUUUGGGGCAGUCAGCAGGUGAUCCUUUAGCCGACGAAGAUGAUAUUCCUGUUGUUCUACGUUCUUGGCAAGCGCAAAACUUUUUGGUAACAGCAAGGCAUGUUAAGGGAUCUGCAUCAAAUAUAAAUGUGUUGGGUGUGAUGGAAGUUCAGGAGCUUCUUAUUGCAGGUGGUUAUAAUGCACCUAGAUCAGUACAUGAAGUCAUUGCACAUCUAGCCUGUCGUCUUGCACGUUGGGAUGAUAGAUUAUUUAGGAAAUCAAUCUUUGGUGCUGCAGAUGAAGUUGAAUUGAAGUUUGUGAACAGGAGGAAUCAGGAAGAUAUGCAUCUUUUUGGCGUGAUUCUCAACCAAGAAGUUAGAAAAUUGUCAAGACAGGUCAUUAGAGUUAAGUGGUCACUCCAUGCGAGGGAGGAGAUCAUGUUUGAGCUGCUCCACCAGCUACGUGGCAAUGCAGCUAGAAGCUUAUUGGAGGUGGUAAGAAAGAGUACAAGAAUAAUGCUUGAUGAACAAGAGGCAGUUCGUGGUCGCUUAUUUACCAUUCAAGAUGUUAUGCAGAGCAGUAUCCGUGCCUGGCUGCAGGAUCAAAGCCUUCGAGUUACACACAAUUUGGGUGUCUUUGGUGGAUGUGGACUUAUUCUAUCAAUCAUAACUGGGCUCUUUGGUAUCAAUGUCGAUGGAAUGCCCGGUGCUGAGAAUACACCAUACGCAUUUGGUCUAUUUACAGGACUUCUACUGCUACUAGGGGUUAUUUUAGUUGGGGUUGGCAUAAUUUAUCUUGGACUAAAACGGCCUGUCUCUGAAGAGCAGGUUGAAGUAAGGAAAAUGGAACUUGAGGAGUUGGUGAAGAUGUUCCAGCAUGAAGCAGAAACUCAUGCCCAAGUUCGUCAAGAAAAUCCACGACAGAGUUGGCCAACCAUUGCCAGAGAUCAAAUCCUACAUGAUGCAGAGUUUGUGGUAAUUCCUUAAGGACGGAAUUUCACAUGUCUGCUUGCUGAUUGAACUUCUGGAUCAAAGUGAGUGCAGAUGGAAAUAUGCUGGUGUUCAGACUGCUUAUCAUUGCCUCCAGCACUUGUCCUCUAUGACGUAGCUACACUGGCCGAUAGGGAUCUUCAACACUACAUUCGAGCAGCAAAUGAGAUAGUAAAAUGCAGAACUUAGCUGAAUAUAAGUGGCUAGGCUUCUAUUAAGAAGUUGACUGUGGGAUAUUGUCUUGAUAAAAAUGAAAGGGCGUCUUAUUGAGAAGUUUUACUUUCGGAAAAAUAGAUUAAGGGUGUAUUGAAGUGCACAGCGGUGUAGGGAUACUAGAUGAUAAUGUACUACUUACUAGUACUACUAAUUACGUGUAAAGUGUACAUAAAAUGCACUUAUCGUUACUAUGGAUAUCUUUUAGUAAACCAUGUAAAGAAUUUGGUUAAA